UGCCGAGGUUUCCACCAGCCCACAAGCAAGAGCAUGGCAGCCAUCCUCUCCAGCAGCUCGCUUGUGGCCACCCACGACUACUACCGGCACUGCCUGGGCUCCACUUCCAGUAACAGCUCCUGCAGAAGUGCCGAGUACCCAGGGGAAGGCAUCCCCCACCACCCCGCUUCUUUUUCGGGAAGUCCACUCUCCCAUUCAUGGCCACAGUGUUGGAGUCCCCAGAGCACUCAGAACCAGCCCAGUCCUCCACUGGCAUAA